UUGGUUGAUUCCCCUGACCUGGGAUUGGUUGAUCAGUGGUGACCUGGGAUAGGUUGAUUUCUCCCGACCUAGGAUUGGUUGACCAUUGGUAACAGGUGAUUGGUUGAUCCACCUGAAGCGCUGAUUGGUUGCUGCUGCGCCGCUGUAAAUUUCUCGCUCUGCUUCCUAUCUUCACGCAGCUUCUCAGCGCCUGAACUCGCUGCCGGGCGGAUUCAACAGAAGUUCAGGGACAUUUUGCACAGUGGCUUAAAAAACGGAAGCUUUUCUGUAACGUGACGGCCCAGCUCUCCCAGCCCGUUAGUGAUUUUCCCUCCUCCCCAAAGUUUAAUAGCUUUGGCUGUUGUUCAUGAAGUAAUUUCAGCCCCUCUCUCUGCAAUGUCCUCGGAACCUGAUCUCCGCCACCCUGCACCUGUCCCGGCCGGGGGUAGGAACUCUCACCCGGGGAUGUGUCGCUCCCCGGGUCCGGAGACCCCCAGCAGCCCGGGUAACCCCUUGGGCAAGAUCCCCCGUUCGCAGGGCUUCGGCACCUCAACCCCCGGCCUCCAGUUCCUCGUCCAGGUGGGUCUUCACAGGGAGAGCGUGUCCCUGGGGCUUCAGGACGCUUCUGUCGAAAGAGCCAAGGAGGUGGCCCUCAAGUUGAUCCUCAGGAAGUUCCCAGAUGCCGCCUUCUACCAACUGACCGCCGGGCAGCUGCUGCUUUUCCGCCAUGAUCUGGAGUCCGAGAACAUCCUCCAGAGGCUGUCACCCUCCGACACCGUCCACCAGGGAGACCUGAUCGAGGUGGUCCUGACAGGGUCGGCUCUGAAAGGAGGGAGGGAUAUCUGCCCCCACGUCCUCCACGUCCACUCCUACAAGGCGCCAGCCUUCUGCAACCACUGCGGGGAGAUGUUGUGGGGUCUGGUCAGACAAGGCCUGAGGUGUGAAGGCUGCGGGCUGGAUUUCCACAAACGCUGUGCCUACAAGAUUCCCAACAACUGCAGCCGGAGCCUUCAGGAGGGUGCCCGUUUCUCAGUGGGAGGGGGGCGGAGGAUGCCCCUGUUGGCGGGCCGCCCCCCCUGGAUGGACCGGCAAGAGGGGGGUCGGGUGAAGGUGCCCCACACCUUCCACAUCCACUCGUACACUCGUCCCACUGUGUGUCAGCAUUGCCGGCACCUGCUGCGUGGACUGUUCCGGCAGGGCCUGCAGUGCCGGGAUUGCAAGUUUAAUUGCCACAAGCGCUGCGUCCCCCAGGUGCCCCACGACUGUCUGGGAGAAGCUACCCUGACCAACGGAGAAGAAGCCCAGAACCUGAAAGCGGGGGGAGUGUUGGCAGAAGGAGAGGAGGAGCUCCGGGAUUCCGGCACCGGGCUCUCGGAGGAGCCGGAGGGCAUUCCGGACCCAGAUCCCUGCUCCCCGUCAGACUCCGGCCAGGAAGAUCAUCCAGGGCCCCUCAGCCUGAGCUCCACCAACAACAUCCCGCUGAUGCGCGUGGUCCAGUCGGUGAGGCAGGCCAAGCGUCGGAGCAGCACCGUGCUGAAAGAAGGCUGGCUGACCCACCACAGCCAGAGGGAUCCGCUGAGGAAGCGACACUACUGGAGGUUGGACAGCAAGUACAUCACCCUCUUCCAGAACGACACUGACACCAAGUUUUACAAGCGAUUCCCGCUCUCGGACAUCCUGCUGAUCCGACCCUCCCAGGAUUCGGGGCUGGGCUUUGAGCUGGUCACUGGCAGCACCACCCUGUACGUGGGGAAGAGCCUGUCCCCCAACACCCUGCAUCCCCCGGGACCGCACUCCCCCUCCGCACAGUCCCCCGACUGGGAGCAGGCGAUCCGGCAGGCCCUCCGGCCCGUCACCUCCCAUCCCGGCCCGGACACGGACACAGACACGGGACACCAGACACGGGAGAGCAAGGUACAUCCUGAGGCCAACACCAGCAGCGAGGACAUCAGUGCCGUUUACCAGAUAUUCCCGGACGAGGUGUUGGGAUCGGGACAGUUUGGAGUGGUUUACGGAGGGAAACACCGGAAGUCGGCCCGGGACGUGGCGAUUAAAGUCAUCGACAAACUGCGUUUCCCCACCCAGAGGGAGAGUCAACUUCGCAAUGAGGUGACCAUCCUGCAGGAUCUGCAGCACCCAGGGGUGGUGAACCUCGACGCUGUGUUCGAAGACACCGACCGGGUGUUCGUGGUGAUGGAGAAGCUUCACGGUGACAUGUUGGAGAUGAUCCUGUCCAGUCAGAACAGUCGCCUUCCUGAGCGGCUCACCAAGUUCCUCACCACCCAGAUACUGGAAGCCCUCCGCUACCUACACUCCAAGAACAUCGUGCAUUGUGACCUGAAGCCCGAGAACGUGCUGCUGGCCUCGGAUGACCCCUACCCCCAGGUGAAGCUCUGCGACUUCGGGUUUGCGCGGAUCAUCGGGGAGAAGUCAUUCCGCCGGUCGGUGGUGGGGACGGCCGCCUACCUGGCCCCCGAGGUGCUCCAGAGCAGGGCCUACAACCGCUCACUGGACAUGUGGUCGGUGGGGGUCAUCAUCUACGUCUGCCUCAGCGGCACCUUCCCGUUCAACGAGGACGAGGAUAUCAACGACCAGAUCCAGAACGCCAGCUUCAUGUACCCUGCCCGGCCCUGGCAGGAGAUCUCCCCCACAGCCAUCGAACUGAUCAACAGCCUGCUGCAGGUGAAGAUUCGCAAACGCUACAGUGUGGACAAAGCCCUGAGUCACCCCUGGCUCCAGGAUUUCCAGAGCUGGUUGGACCUGCGACAGUUCGAGGCGCAGCUGAACCUGCGCUACCUCACCCACCGGUGUGACGACAGCCGCUGGCGCCAGCACGCGGCGGAGCACGGGCUAGAACUCCCCACACAGCUCCUCGACUCACCCAGCCUGGCCGAGGCUGACGAGGACGCCCCCUGAAACUGAGGGGGGCUGGGGGGGGGGGGGGGGCGCGGUUCACCACCCCAACCCCACCCCCACCCCCAGGACACUCUGCCACCCCCGGGGGGAUCCACCCGCGGGGAGAGAGCCCGGUCCCGUGGGGCGGCAACCAAUCCCAGCAGCCUGCUGGGGAGGGGCCUGGGAAACCCCUCCAGGGUGGGGGUCUUCGCCGGUGGGUGGGGGAGGGACGUGUUACCCCGCUGGCCCAAUUACAUCAGUGUAACCAGACCAGCUGCCUCCCCUCUCCGCAUUCCUGGAAAACGGGAACCCCCAUCCAUCCCUACCACCCCAACACCUUUCCCCAUUCCAUCC